AAAUGAUUGAAAUUGAAAUACCCAUUAUCGCCGAAUCCAUAAUUAAUCAAGUUGUUAAAAGUGAAAAUAUUAAGAAUCCAACAGAAAUAUCAGUUACGCGAGGAUCUCAAGAUGGUGACGGUUACGUUUCGAAAACUUAUGCGAUUUCUAUUAAAAAUGAUUUUGGAAAAGACAUCAAACUUUUCGUUAAAUACUUACCGGAGGAUAUAAAAUUAGAAUGGAAGAAUGCUUUUUUAGAUGCUUUCUAUACAGAGUAUAAAUUUUACGUGGAAAUUUACCCAGCUUUUAAUCAAUUCGAAAAAGAUAAAAAUAUAAAAGAACCAUUUAACGAUGUACCGAAACAUUUUAACACUAAAAUGGAAAUUGGUGAAACUCCACCAAUUAUUUUGGAAGAUUUAAGAAGUUUAGGGUACACUUUAAGGGAUCGAAAGACACCUAUUGAUGAUGCGCAUUUAAUUUUACCUAUAAAAGCAUUUGCUAAAUAUCACGCUAUUAAUUAUGCAAUGAAAGAUCAACAACCUGAAGUAUAUAAAAAAUUAGCUACUUAUCCCAGAGAUUUGUAUGGUAAAAAUUUUCUGGCAUUUGGAAUAGACGCGAUGAUUAAACGAUGCACUGAGCAAGUUAUAGAUAGUUUUGAUCCCGUUUCGGAUAAAGAAAUCAUGGAACAUUGUGCAAAUUUAAAUGAGAGAUUAAUCGAUUAUAUGAUGAAUGUAUAUCGUGAACAUGACGAGUACUUUAUUAUCACGCAAGGAGAUUGUUGGUCCAACAAUAUGAUGUUUCUUUAUCAAGAAGAAACCGGUUUACCAAUCGACGUAAAAUUAAUAGAUUGGCAAUGUAAAAGGAUUGCAUCACCACUUUUCGAUUUUUCUUAUUUCUUUUACACAUUGGCCACGAAAAAAGAACUUGACAACGCCGAACAUUACAUAAAGCUUUAUUACGACACUUUAUCGCAACGAAUCGCCGAAUUAGGAAGUGAUCCAGAGAAACUUUAUCCUUAUCAUAUAUUUAAAGAUCAUUGCAGAAAAUAUUCAAAGUAUGGAUUGUGUAUGGCUUUUUUUAUUGUUAAAUUCCAGUUAUUUGAAAAAGAUGAAGUUCCAAAUGUGUUAAAUACGGAAAUAAAUUCAGCAGACGCUUUUUGUAUGGUAAUAAAAAACCAAGAUCUUUAUCUUAAGAGGUUAAAAGACCUUUUGAAGUAUUUUGUAUAUAACAAGUUAUUGUAACUCAAUUUUUAAUAAAUAAUGUGGGUAGAAAAAUCAU